UGAAAGGAGAGCAGUUAACCGCUGGACAUCAGUCAGCAUGCUGGGCUUUCUGAUACUGGUGUGGAUAUGCAUCUUCCUCCUGUUCCUCUUCAUCCAAAUCCCGAGGCCUAAGAACUUUCCUCCUGGACCUCGUCCUCUGCCAUUAUUUGGGAAUCUGCUGGAGCUAAACAUCAACAAUCCUUUGAAAGACUUUGAGAGGCUCGCAGAUCGCUAUGGGAAAGUUUACAGCCUGUAUCUGGGAUCAAAACCUUGGGUGGUUCUUAAUGGUUUUGAGGUUUUGAAGGAAGCUCUUGUUACUAAGGCUGUGGACUUUGCAGGACGCCCACAGGAUCUCAUGGUCAACCAUAUUACAAAAGGAAGCGGUGUAAUUUUGUCUGACUAUGGCUCCAGUUGGAAAGAACACAGACGCUUUGCUCUGAUGACCCUGAGGAACUUUGGCCUGGGGAAGCAAUCAAUGGAGGAGAGAAUUCUAGGAGAGGUUUCUCAUGUUAUUGCCAAAUUGGAAAAAAGAGUUGGAAGCCCCUUUGACCCUCAGACUAUGUUCCACAAUGCUGCAUCAAAUAUCAUCUGCAUUGUUCUGUUUGGAUCCCGCUAUGAUUAUGACGAUGAAUUCCUCAAGCUUUUCAUUCACCUCUAUACAGAGAAUGCAAAGAUUGCCAAUGGACCAUGGGCCAUGAUAUACGAUACAUUUCCUGUGCUGAGAAGUCUGCCUCUGCCCUUUAAAAAGGCCUUCACAAAUGCCAACAAGGCCAGAGAAAUGUCUGCACAACUGGUCAACGAGCACAAAAAGACAAGAGUCCCAGGAGAGCCAAGAGACUUCAUUGACUGUUAUUUGGAUGAGCUUGAUAAGAGAGGAAACGAUGGUUCCUCGUUUUCUGAGGCUCAACUUAUCCUGUACGUUCUGGAUUUGCACUUUGCAGGGACUGACACCACAUCCAACACCCUCCUCACUGCAUUUCUGUAUCUCAUGACCCACCCAGAGGUUCAAGCGAGAUGUCAAACAGAGAUUGAUGAGGUUCUGGAGGGUAAAGAUCAUGCAUCGUAUGAAGACAGACACAAUAUGCCGUACACACUGGCUGUGAUUCAUGAGGUUCAGCGCGUCGCUAACACUGUACCGCUAAGUGUGUUUCACUGCACCACCAAAGACACCACGCUGAUGGGCUACAGCAUCCCGAAGGGGACUUUUGUUAUUCCUAACCUCACUUCUGUACUAAAAGAAGAAGGCCAGUGGAAGUUUUCUCAUGAAUUUAACCCAGACAACUUCCUGAAUGAGCAGGGCCAGUUUGAGAAGCCUGAAGCCUUUAUGCCUUUUUCUGCAGGUCCUCGUGUGUGUCUCGGUGAGGGUCUUGCGCGUAUGGAGCUCUUCCUGAUCAUGGUGACUCUGCUGCGCCGCUUCCAGUUUGUGUGGCCCAAUGAUGCCGGGGAUCCAGAUUACACCCCAGUAUACGGGGUCACCCUCACGCCCAAACCAUACAGAAUGCACAUCAGAUGCAGAGAGACAGUCAGUUUAUGAUGAUUAUGACAGAUUUAUGUUGCAAUGAUGUUUUGAUGUAUUUUAAUAACUAUGUGACUGGUUAUAAAAAUGCCAUAAAAAGAAUUGAAAAGACA